AAGAAAGAAAAGCUUCUUCUCAUUACCAAAUCCUUUUUGCGCCACACUGCUCUCUGAACUGAACUUUCACCUUUCCCUUCCUUGCAAUCCAUCUUUCACGUGCUUCUUGUCCGUGUUUUUUUAUACUAUGCGUACAGUAUAUGUGACUUGCAGUAAAUAAUAAAUUUUCACUUUUUUCUUCGUAUUUCUUGAUCUAUCCGAAUGCUGGCAGAUCUGGGUCCGGAAUUCUACUUUCAAUCUCGGGAUUGAUCCGAAUUUUGAGGGGGGUUUUGGCGGGUUUCGAUCUCCAGUGCAUUGGAGCUCAAGGUGAGUUAAAGGGCACGGCUGAAAUUCUUGAAGUGAAAGUUCUUUAGCUGGGACUCGAACUGCUGAAGAAUUUUGCAGUUGAAGAAUUCUGGGUUUUAAUUCUAGGGUUUAGUUGAGCUGUGAUUCAUUUGGUAUUUGAGCUCCACAGUUAAGGGCUUUGCAUUUGAUUAUUUGUGGUUUCGGCUUUCUUGGUAUGUAUUUGGAAUCCAUUGUUACCUUUAGUUUGGAAAUCUGUUAAUGAAUGGUUGCCCAUAUGGUGGAGAUGUUGACAUUGAAUUUGGCUGCCUCAUUGGGCGAGAGAUAUAUAUACACGGGUUAAGUUCGUACAAGCGAAAGUUUAGUUAGGUCGUUUGUUCAUGAGGCACGGCAGAGCACUUUGAUUAUUACCAAUUAUUGGUUUUGUUGGGCUUUGGAUACUGAGAUGCCUCCUUCACCAUCAAUGAGACGUUCCCCUGGAAGGGCAGAGCCCAAGGCAGUAAAUCACAAGAGAGGUCACAGCGUAGAAAGUCGGGCAGUUUUCAAGGAGAAAGACGAUGAUGAUCUUGCGCUGUUCAACGAGGUGCAAAGCAGAGAAAGGGAUCAUUUCUUGCUUGAUGCCAAGGAUGAAUUUGAAGACAUAUGCUCAACUAGACUUAGAUGCUUUUCGGAGUAUAAGCGCGGGAUAUCCAUCCCUGCUCGGGGAGAGAGCAGCGAAUUGCUCAAUGAUGAGGGAAACAAGAAUGAUUAUGACUGGUUAUUAACUCCACCAGACACUCCUCUUUUUCCUUCACUGGAUGAUGACGAGAUACCACCACCGGUUAAUGUUUCCCAGAGGGGAAGGCCUCGAAGUCAACCCAUAUCAAUCUCUAGAUCAUCCACCAUGGAGAUGAGCCAUAGAAGUAGCAGAGGUAGUGCGAGUCCAGGCCGCCUAAGCCCUUCUCCUCGGUCUUCCAAUAAUAGUUAUAAUGCAGCGAAUCAUCUGAUAACAAGAGGAAGGACAUCAUCUCCCUCUCCUACUAGGAACAAAAAACUCUCAAGUCCUCCUCCUCCAACUUCAUCUGCUCUAACUCCCAGAAGACUGAGCACAGGCUCCAGUGGCAGGUUGAGGGGUACAUCCCCUGUUAAGUCGAAUAGAGGAAACUCGGCAUCUCCAAAGAUUAGGGCAUGGCAAUCUAAUUUGCUUCCUGGGUUUUCCAUGGAGGCACCUCCUAACCUUCGCACUUCCUUGGCAGACCGACCAACAUCUUAUGUUAGGGGAUCCUCACCAGCAUCAGGAAAUGGAUCCAGGUCUGGCAGAAAAUCGUCAAUGUCCCCUGUUAGAAGUGUCAGUUCUACGUAUAGUCAUGACCGGGAUCGUGUGAGCUCAUAUGGUAAAUGUUCAGUUGCAUCAUCCGGCGAUGAUGACACGGAAUCUUUACAAUCAACCCCUGCAAGCAGUUUAGACCCUUUGGGUCCAAGAAGUUUUGGGGGGACAUUCCAACAUAAUAAAGCUCUGGGUUCAAAGAAGAAGAUGACUAGAAUAACUUCUUCCAGUUCUGCUCCAAAGAGGUCCAUUGACAUGACACUUCGACAAAUGGAUCAGAGGAAAAGUCCACAUAAUAUGUUCAGGCCGCUGUUAUCAAGUGUACCUAGUUCAACGUUCUAUUCAGGCAAAGCAAGUGGCGCGCGUCGUUCCCUUGGAUCUCUACACUCUUCGGUCACAACCAGCAGUAAUGCUAGCUCCGAUCAAGGCAUCUGUAUUGCACAUGACACCGAAGCAAGCGAGCAAAAUCAGGACAUAAAUAGCGAACAUGUACAGUCAUUGUUUCACGAUUCAGACAUAGUGUUUGCCCUAGAUAAUGGUGUUGACGCUCUAGACAAUUUAGAUCUUGGUAAUCAAAAUGUUGUGCCACCUAGCAGCAGCCUGCUUGACAAACUAGAUGGUCCCCUUGCUGUUGAUUCUGGGUCAGUUGCUGAUGAAGGUUUCAGUACAAACACUGCAAAUUCUGAAGUAUUGACCCAAUUCGAAGCUCUCAUAGUUUGCUCGAAAUGCAGCAAGAAGUAUUCUCCUACAAAACCUGUUGAAGAAGAUCCCAAACUCUGUCCAGACUGCAAAAGUUUGGAAGCACAACAAGUUUUGAGCAGUCCAAUGACUAGAAUUUUGGUCGUCGCUGAUUCUCCGGGAGUUUUGGCUGGUCACAAUGAACAACAGGCUUAUAGUUACUGUGAAAAUCAGAGCGAUGUGCCAGGCUGGGACUUGACUUCAAAUAAGUCCAUUGAUCAAACACCAUUGCAACCAAGUUACUGUUCUAGUGCCACUGCUAAUGUUGCAGAGGGUGCAGGCAUUUCUCUGCUGCUGAAAAGGUGUGGCAGUGGCAAAGGGCAUAUUGUUCAAAACAGGACAGUUAGUGCCACUAGCAUAGCAUAUGAUGAUUUGUCGUAUGUACGCGACAGUGUGAGCAGCCUGAGAAGCUCUUUUGGGCAUGGCAGUGCAUCUGCUUCAUCAUCUUCAGUUGACAUCGGGUCAACUAGGCAAAUGGAGACCGGCAUUCAGCGGCAAUCCAGUGGCAGGAGGAAACCAGAGGCAGAAAGCUAUCGGAAUGAAGUCGAAGCAAACUUGUUGUUAUUGAGUAAUAAAGAUAGUAAGGGCGAAAGUAUUUGUAGAAUCCCUUUGGAACCCACGAGUCACAUGACAAUUAUCCAUGCAGAGGAAACUUCGGCCGCAAAUUUUGACUCUACUUUUUCUGAAAAUGGUGACAUAUUAACUAACUCAGUUCAUUCGUUAGACAUGGAUCCUUCUUGCAUGGAAUCUGUGCCAUCAACUGUUAAAGAAGAUGUGCCAAAUUAUUGCGUUGACAACUUGCAUGACACUGAAAUUCCUGAGGAAGACUGUUUUGAUGCAAAAUGUGGAGUGGAAAUUCAGAAUGAUGAUAUCCGCUCUCAUCAUUUGCAGUCUGAUGGUAGUUCAGGGAGCAGUAGACAUGACGUGAAGGGGUGUGCUUUACAUGCAGCGAAUGGCGAAGAAAUUGGAGAUCCUGUUGAAACAGAUGCUUGUCACAGAUACGAGGAAUCGACUGUUGUCAUAGAGGGACAUUCAGGUGUCAAAACAAGAAGCUUGACAUUAGAAGAAGCAACGGAUACAAUACUGUUUUGCAGCUCUCUUGUCCACAAUCUGGCAUAUAAGGCUGCCGAUAUAGCAAUUAGCAAGGAAAGUUCGUCCCAGCCUACUCUCACGGUAGUUGGCAAAGCCAGCCCAGAUAGAAGGGGGGACCUGUGGAGCAGAACCUCGGCGAGGCGCAACUCCAGGCCUUCUCAAAAAGGGAAACCAAAGGUGAUUGAACCUGAAUCACAACCCCCUCCAAACAACACCGAUUGUGAUGAGAAAACCGAGAAAUCGGGUGCUCAUGUUGUGGGGGUGGGUCCCACUAAGGACGACGCCUUGAAGCCUCCUCCUCCUCCUCCCCCUCCAAAACAGGAAUCGAAAUGCAACUGCACAAUCAUGUGAGUCUUCAAUUCACACCAUUCUUGCACAGCUCAAAGGGUGCUCGGCAUAGAGUUUGAUUUGGCAAUUGCUUUUUUUUGUUCCCUUUCUUUUUCCCACUCUUUUGUUGGUUCAAAUUGAAUUUAAAGAUAUGAUUCAGUAACAUAAUCAUUGUAAAGUUUUAAAUUCUUGUUAGGCUGAUAAAUAGCAAGGUGUUCC